GGCUUUUAUUCUCCACGUUGGAGGUUUUUUUUCAAUACUAACAAAAAGAAAACACUGUCGUAAGAGAUACGGUCCACUAUCCGUCGACCACGCGCCGAGACUCCAAGUUUAAGUUUGCGCUGCGGUACACCAUUGUACAAAAUUCUUCGCGAACCCGUAAAGUCCCUGGGACCCUUAGAAUCUAGAAACUUGACUUUGUGCAUGAAAAUAUAGAUGCAUGUUAAAUCAAUGAUACCGAGCUUGCGCCCCGUUACAGCUACCCCUAUUAUGGUGCGAGGUCGGGAGUAUCUCUCGCUCUCGCUAGCCUAAACGUCUCCCUUCGUCUGUCGCCACUCUUUUGUGGGAAAAGGGCCUCCUCGAUGCCGCUACCUCUCUCUACCUUUGCUCGUCGUCUCUUUUCAUUUCCAUAUCUUGCAACCUUCACCUCCUACCUUCUGCCUCCCCACCUUAGCGUCGUCAAUCUAAGUCACUCUUCCCCUAGUUCCGUUGAAUCCCCAAUGCCGCCGUUCCCUCUGUUUGUCGUCGCUACUCUCGUCGUUGCAACGACUACUACCACCAUCGUCAUCGACGCUGUGUACCACUGCCACCACCAUUGCUUUUUGAACCUCACCAUCUAGGACCGGCUUUACAUAGACGCAAAUGGUGCGUCGCCUCUUACCUGGCUCGUUUCAACGAGGAAAUAAACUUAACGAAGAGAAAUUGUUAUAUCUAUUCGUAGCUUUCCAUUGAAACCAAAAUUGGACCAAAGAAAGCAAGUUACAUUCGUUCGGUUGCAAUCUCCUCGUACACGAACGGAACUACGGGACAGAACAUGUAUAUGUAAUAUGUAUACAUAGCGUAGGGACUGCCCUUGAACUUAUGGGACCCGCCUUGCAUUCAGGUGUGAACUGACUAGACGGUAGACGAUCGCAGGGGCAAAAAUACAAGCACGGCCGGCACUCGUAUUUUUGUAACAGACGUGCGAUUCAGAUGUCGUACACAAUUUCUGUACAAUACAAGUACAUAGUAAUUUAUCAGCGAUACACGAAUAUUAUUUAAAUAACAAACAACGAUAACUAAGGAAAGCAUUUUAUCGUGGGUCACGAAUGAAACGACGAGUUUAGAGUUACGAGUUUAGGAAAUUGUAAUUAGAAAUGAAAAGCGAACGAACGUAAAUUCGAAUGUUUGAGUUGAAAGUAACGCGUAUCGUAUUUAUAGAAGGAGGCGGUUAAAUUGAAAAUUUCAUCGGGGCGCUAGUAAUUCUCGCGCAGCCUUGCCACCACCAUGGCCGCCGCUACCGCCAUCACCCACACUACUAACCCAGACCUGGUAUUCGUCAACUGCCUACACUCCCAUCUCCCCCAUCCUUUUAAGGGGUGGUAGAGAGUACAUACAUGCUCGCACCCGUAGAAUAGCGCUAUGUAUGUACUCCUAAAACGCCCGAAUCCCAACCAACGUAGACGUAGUAAGAGUAAUGCGCGCGCGCGAACCGCCAACCAGCCGCCUUCGGCUCGCACCGUAAAGCGACUCCGUGCACCAUCUUGGCCCGAUUUUCAUGAGAAAGUACACGGGAAACGGAGACGUCAACUUUCAUUUUCUUUCGUUAAAAACCGCGAAGCUUCGUUACGCAACGAUCGUUCCGUAUUAAUCGAAGAGCAACCGUCACGUGUGUUUCACCUACGAGAUAGAUAACUUAAUCCUUCCGGUCGCCUUUUUUCUUCCUUCUCGCCGCCGCGCCGCUGCGUUCCCCUUCUUUGCAUUCCCUCCCCUACUUCUCCUACGGCUCUUUCUCUUUCUCCGUUCCCCUUCGGCGUCUCCUUUAUCCCACACUCGUCCUUCAUUCUUUCGGGUCCUCCGCGCGUUACGGUGUGAACAUACUUGAGAGAUCGCGCGACAAGGCGGUAAACGGUGGUGCAAUAGUGAAUCGUACAAGCGAAUCGUGUCCGAGGCCUAACUAUGGUUUAUUUUUGCAAACCACUGCAAGGAAUACACGUUCGGUACGAAUGAGAUACGAUAAUCGAGAGGAACGCCGUUCUAUAGCCGAUGCUCGGUAGUGGUAACAUCUCUUUUACCCGGUCUAAUCGUUCGAUCCUUUGGGCGAUCGGGGUUGUACAUUCGCGUACGCGUUAGAGUUGGCUAGUGAUUAACGAUUACUUUCGCGAUAAUCGCUCGCCAUUCUCGGUAACAGCACGUUUGUAUCGGUAACCGAACGUUCGUACAACUGGAUCGCUAAAAUUAUUCGUUCCGUGUCUCGAGCUCGGUUCCUUUUCAGGGUUACGCGAAAAAUUAUCAACGACCACUACUCGAUAAUUGUCGCGAAUCAGAUUUCUCCUAACACUGGUUACGUACUCGCGCGCAGAUCGGGGAUCCCGACUCUGAGAUGAUUCAAUCUUUGGACGAGCCCGUGUCAUAUUCCGAAAACCGUCCGAGGAAGAGGAACGCGCGUUGGAGGUGAAUUAUUGCGCGUUCCUGACCAACCGUCGUCGUCGUCGUAGACCAGUUGCAACCCCGUCGACGACGCGUUCGAGCAACGCCGCAAUAAUCGAAAACUAGACUACAAGACACGAGUAGAAAAGUACUCGGGGCCUAGACGAAACUCUAGCUAAACGGAAUUGUGCUACGCUCGAGAUGGAAGAGAAUUUUCAUUCGAACGGCCUAAGAGCAGCUAAGACGUUCAGCGUGUAAUUCGAGGCUCCUGGCAGGACAAACGAGACGAUUAAAGGACGACAGAGAAUGAUACGCGACAGUUUCGACGUGGCAGCGUACGCAAGUGCUAAAACGAGGUUGUGUUCUUCGCGACGUAUUCACGGAUAAACAAGAUUCCAUCGGGACGAGGAAAAUUUCACGCACGUAACGCUGAUUCGCGUGUUCCGACCGAUCGAUCGCUGCUACGAGGGAGCAGUGAGACUAAUACUUUUCGAGAAGUCGACUCGUGCUAACGAACGCGUACGUUUUCCCUUGAAAUAUUGGUUCCGUAACGUUUCAUCGCUCGCACUUCGGCCGGUCGAUCGAUAGCGCCGAAAUAAUGUUUCUGUCCGUUGAAAAACUCUUGCGCUACGGAGUGUUGUUGCUGUUGUGGAUCAGAUCGAGUUAUCAGCAAGAAGAAGACAUACCUCAUAACGAAGUGAAAAACUGGGCCUUGAAAUUUGGCGUGGACCUAUGGGAGUUUGGCAAGCAGGUUACGAAAAUGGUCGAGAUACAGAGGAAGUACCACGAGCUGGAGGCCGAGGUCGUCAGAAAGGAUGGUCUGGUUCUGGUGCGAGAAAUGGCCGCGGAAGUGAAGAAUAUGCUGGAUUUUAAGAUGAAUGCUGUUAUGAGAUUGGUGGAGAGCGCGGAACAGGCAGCCGUAUCCGCGCCAAGGGACGGAAACGUGUCGCCAAAAUAUUCGCAACGGAUGGAGCUAUUUUCCGGAGAUGGAAAAUCAGGAAACGGCCAGGAUACUUUUCUCGCUACCAAUAGACACUUCGAUCAUUUAGCCGUGAACGUUACACUCUCAACGGUUUUGCUUCCUGCUGGAAUCAAAGACGCCUAUCGCGAAGUAGCUGCCGGGAUCCAGUGGAGCGAGUACUUGGAUUUAUUGUUUGUAAAUAAUUACGAAAGCGACCCUUCGCUCUCUUGGCAGUACUAUGGAGCAACUUCGGGAUUUUUACGACGAUUCCCCGCGAUCACUUGGCCACCGAUCGAGGACCGAACGGGCUCGAGGAGCUCGAACCGCGUCGUUCGAGAUGUGUACGACUUUCGAAUUUCGAAUUGGUUCGUCGGAGCAGCAAACAGCCCCAAGGAUUUAGCCAUACUGGUGGACUUGGAGUGCUAUGCGUCCGAGAGGAACAAACGGUUGGCAGUAGCCACCGCGAGGACCAUUCUCGAUACUUUGGGUCCCGACGAUUACGUCAACGUUUAUCGUUACGGAGACACCGCGGAGGAGAUCGUUCAAUGCUUCAAAGACAGCUUGGUUCAAGCGUCGCCAGAGAAUGUACGAGAAUUGAAAAUUGCGGCUAGCACGAUGAAGCACGAAGAAAUGCCGACGAAUAUAUCGGCCGCUCUCGGGACGGCUUUCGAAAUUCUUCAUAGAUACAAUAGAACGGGCCAAGGGAGUCAGUGUAACCAGGCGAUUAUGCUGAUCACGGCAGAUAAUGCUGCCUUGCCCACCGAGGUGAUAAAGCGAUACAAUUGGCCGCAUAUGCCUGUUCGAAUCUUCACCUAUCUCAUAGGGGGUGACAAGAGCCCCGAAUUGCGCAACACCGCCUGCGCGAACAAAGGAUUUUACGCGAGGAUCACGGAUGUAGAAGAAAUCAAAAGCAAGGUUUUCGAGUACGUCACAGUUCUGGCUCGACCUAUGGUUUUGUAUCAACACGACCAUCCCAUUCAUUGGAGUCCAGUUUACGUCGGUGGCAAGAGUGGUAGAUACGGCAAAGAAAACAUCGGACAGCUAAUGACGUCGGUUACAGCGCCUAUUCUAGAUCGUCGAAAUUAUACGGUGAAAACGGCCAACUUGUUGGGCAUAGUUGGUACCGAUGUACCGGUAGAAGAAAUCGAGAAACUUGUGCCCCCUUACAAGUUAGGUGUCAACGGAUAUUCCUUUAUCGUCGACAACAAUGGUCGAGUUCUCUAUCAUCCUGACCUGCGACCUCUGUACGAAGAAACGUUAAAGCCUACGUAUAUCAGCGUAGAUUUAUCGGAAGUUGAACUCGCCGAGUACGACGGUCCGUUGCAUCCCUUGAACAAUUCCCUUCUUCUAGACUUGAGGCACGAUAUGAUCGAUCAGAAAGAGGGGGAGACCGAUUUCGCGAUAAAAAUUCACUAUGACGAUAUGAGAAGAGUUACCAUCAGGCGGCACAAUUAUUUUUAUAAGCCAAUCGAAGGAACGCCCUUUUCGCUGGGUUUAGCGUUGCCCGAGGGUUACGGCAUGUUCGAGCUAUUGGCCGAACACGAAAUGAAACAUUCAAUAAUAACUGUGACCGACUACUUUAACGGAAGCAAUUGGAAAGUGCAUCCAGAUUGGGUGUACUGCGAAUAUAAUUCGGCUUCCGAUAAGUGGUUCUCCUCCCCGGAGGAACGCGUUCUGCAUUUCUUGGCACGAACGCGUAGACCGGGGUGGAAGUGGAUGUCUUUGAGACCAAAGAGUCCAAGCUCGCAUCAUAAACAAGCGAGCAAGCCCGACAAAGAUUCUUAUUACUGCGACAAAAGAUUAGUGCAAUCUCUAGUGUUGGAUGCCAUGGUCACCGGUGAUUUCGACAAAAGAGGUGCGAUGCACAAAGAGGAGAAUCAAAGCCCUAUUGCCAUACUGAUGGCUCUACUGCACAGUCAAGGAAAAAGCAGAUUCGGUCUCAGCCGGACAUUCAUCGCGACGAGGAGCGGCCUUUUUCGUUGGCACGAGCAUCAACAAGCCAGCAAUUUGAAGGAAAGCAACGACGAACCGCCCUUUGCUCAGAAGUAUGCGAGAGCUAUGGAUUCGUCUUGGUAUAAACGCGCGGUGGAUCAGCACUCGAUAGAACCGGAAAGUUUUGUUUUCAGCGUUCCUUUCGAUGCAGCAGCUGACAACCCCAACCCUUUAGUUACCGCUACGCACGCUGUAUUCAUUGGAAAAGGACACAAAGCACCAGCCGCGGUCGUUGGUUUUCAGUUUCAACACUCCUCGUUGGCAUCCCACUUCGUUAACAUGACUUCUACGUGCAGUGGCAUGAAUUGUAAAAAGAAUUGCGCUUCCGAAGAACUGGACUGUUAUAUUCUGGACAGUAAUGGAUUUAUCAUCAUCAGCGAGCGUCACGAGCAUACUGGAAAAUUUUUUGGUGAAAUCGACGGCACCAUAAUGGAUUCCCUGGUUCAAGACAGAAUCUACAGAAAGGUAACUGUGACCGACUACCAAGGUACGUGCAGUCCGCAGGAAUCGCAUCAAUCUGCAGCGCCAAGAAUAGUUCCUGAAUCAUUCGGGGCGGUCAUCGGCAUACUUGGAAAUCUACUCUGGAAUAUAGCGUUCAGUUUCAAUUUACAAAAUUUGCAACAAGCGACUUACGCGCUCGCUGGCGAACCUAUACGAACCGCGGACGAUGAUUUGAUUUCCACCGACACUGUCGAAGAAGCACACGAGUUCGAACCGAUCGGGGGUGGAGAUUCGACCGACGAACCGUCUCUGGACGAAAACGAAGCUUUUCCCAGGAUUCCAGCGGUUGCUGCCGCCUCUCCCGCUUCUCCUGGGACUACACGCGCUACAUCUGCCUAUUAUCCACAAAGGAAACUGAGAACCUGCGAAAAGAAGACGGAUCUUUACAUUCUGCAACCGGAGAGGCUCAACACCAGCGGACAGAGCAAUCCCUUGAAGGGAAAAUUGACCAACUGUCACGUGACUGGAUGCGAAAGACCCUUCAGCGUCCAGAAGAUCCAUCACACGAAUUUGAUCCUGUUGGUGGUGGACACGUUGUGUCCAUGCGGAAGCAAACAAUUGAGCAUCGAACCUAUAGAGGCUCUCACCGAGCCAGGAGCUUGCACCGCGAGGAGAGAACGUCUGUAUCGUCGAAGACCGCCGAAAUGCAUAAACUAUCAUCCGGAGGAAAUGGAGAUCAAGCUUUGCGGCGGCGCGAGCCGCCCUUGGAAUUUCUCCUUCUCGUUGUUCGUCGCGAUUACCUCCAGCGUUCUGACGACGCGACUCGCGUGACUUCGCUCCAAUUAACUUGUACACACAUUCGCAAAUUAUCUUUUUGAAAUGAAUUUAGCGUUGUCGUUUCUAUGAAACAGUUAUAAGAAAAAAAUGGUAUACUAGUUGAUCGGUUUAAUAUACCUGUAUUUGACGAAUACGAGAGAAUGGAGGUGCGAGUGGUUGGGUGUGUGCGUGCGCGUGCACGCUAGAAAAAAAAGAGAGAGAGAAAGACAAAGUAUACGCGUAAUAUAUGCCCGGGUGUGCGCGAACAUUCCAUUUCUAUGCGUUUGAUAUGCGUGAUGCAUGGCGUAUACGCCAAAGACGGGCAGUAUUUAUUAUAUUUUGCGACUAUUUUUGUAACGAUCCCUCGCAACUGUCAAAUUGAUCGAUAGUCGUUCGCUACAUUUGCAAUCUGCAUUCAUGGAUCGGUAAUUCGUAAUACAUCAAAGCCAAUAGUAUCCGAUUAUUCACUGUUCAGGUUCGAUCGAUAGUCGCGAUUACCGAUUACUCGUUAACCAUAAUCAUGGAUUACACUUUGCCCUACGCUGGUACAAUGGGCUCUACGCAAAUAUUCGCGUACACGCGUGCACGGUCGCGUCUACGCGGGCACGCGCGUGCAUGCACGCAGACGUGUACAUAUACAAAUACAUAUAAUAUUAAUGUUGAUCUAUGAUUACAUAUCUCAUUAUAAAUUCUGUUGCGAGAAACUUGUGAAUAUUUCCUAAUCGUAUUACGUCGUAUCUGAUUCCUAACGACUAACGGAAGGUAACGACGAGACUGCGUACUCGCGAUACAGAGCGAAAAGUGGAAACGAUGUACAUAAAUGUAUAUCGAACGCUGACUAUCUCGGCCGAGCCGAGGUAAUCGGUUGUCCUUUUCGUCCAGACGUUGCGUCGAAUCAAACCAAGCAUCGUAAACGUUUCCAAAACGGUCGAUAUAUCGGUUCGUAAUUUCGUUGUUUCUAUAGCUGUACUUUUUCGGGUAACUUUUGGAUUGAACAAAAAGUCUGUCGUUUUAGAAGUAAUCUGAACUGACAUCAAACGACAAUAAACACAACCGAUAUUCACACUUUUUACUCUUAUAGGUAAUCUGAAUAAAUUAGUCGUUUAUUUGGUAGCGAGAACCGGUAGUAUUAAAGGCUUUUCGAAGAACUUGAAAAAAAGUUCAGUCUUUGCUGCCAGAUCACUAAUUAAGCGUUAAGUGAUAGUUUAUAUAUCCGUGCGUGAAAUUAAAAUAGAACGUAAGCGCAUUACGCUUAAUAAACGCCACAGAAAAAUCAAUGGCGUCUAUGUAUAGAAGUCGCUAUAGCAAAUUUUGUGAUUUUCCGAUAAACCACUCUUGAAAUACAAAGCGAAACAGAGGCCACAUACGUACAUAUAGAAUUUUGUAAUCGAUUUUUUUGCAUUUUUGGACUCAGGACACCCCGAAGCUUUGAAAAAUGCAUAAAAAAAAAAAACGAGGGAGGAUGUAACUUUGACCGAUAACGGUAACUUCACCUCUAUUAUAUUCAAAGAAAAACCAAGACUUUUUGUCCAACCCAAUAGCCUUAUGGUUUAACGACGAAUAGAUUAUAAAUUGUACGUUCGCACGUGCAGACAUAUGUACGAUGGACCGUGAGUUUGGCUGAUUUUGCCUGUGUCGCUCCAUCUACGUGCACGUGGAUAAUGGUACGCGUUAAAGUUCUGCUACGUGUUAAAUACGAAACCCACGUAAUACAGAAAUGGCCUCAUUACAAAAGCGAUAAGCUUACGAAGCGAUGCAACAAAUUCACUUUCGAAGAGUUUGCGCUUUAAAAUACAGUCGACCCUGCAACACUGUGGUAAAUUGAAUAUAUGAAAAAGCGUUUGAACGAGACUUUGAAAAUACUGCAAAGAUACGUGAAACGAAAAAUUAGAAGUUUACGAAACCCCAAAUUAUCGUGUUCUUGAAGAACUGUGGCAAUUCUUCUUACACCGUGUUACGAGAGAGUUGGCUGUAACGACGAGCUCGCGAAUGUAUAGUACCAUUAAAAUUAUGGAAAAUAUCCUUCGUUCUUCUAAAUUUUAAAUUGUUAUUGUAUCGUACACCGACUUUGAAAUAACUCGCCAUACGCUACUUUAAAUAAUUUGUCAACGAAUAAGGAUGAAAAAUCUCCCUUAACAGCGAGUGUACAAUGUACAUCCGUGUACAGAAUGGACGAGUUAUUUCGAAGCCAGUGUAUCACUGUUAGGAUAUAGAGUGACUUAAAGAAUUCGAAGGAGGUUCGAUCGAAGCGGGUCCGGUUCACAGUACAGAUUCGUCAAGUUUGAUGGGGAAUAUAGUACGAACCUUAACGAUUUUUAGUUUUACGAUCAGGCUGCACUACUACUUUGGCCAUAGAAUGAUAAAACGUAUCGCGCAUUUCAUCGAAUCGAACAUUUUGCUUCCAAGUAUUAGGCCUAGCCAAUAUGUAAACCCCGUUAACCCCUUCAUGGCCGUAUCAUUUUCGACAUACCUCUAUUUCAAACAUUCCUUACGACAACUACACUGGUGUUUUUCAUGAAUUAUUCGUUGAUGUCGUUAUACUUUUAAUUAUAAAUAUAAAUCGAGUCUUUGAACAAGAUACUUUAACGCUUCAGCUAUCUAUUACAGCUAUCUUCUUCAGGGGUAAAAUAAUGCGUUUAUGUCGAUAGCGAAACGUCAGAGUAUCCUGUUCGAAAGACACUCGAGUUAUGCUUGUAAUCAUAUCAAAUGAAAUACUUCAAUACGAUUUUUAAAACAGUCGUUAUUCUGCCCAAGACUGACAACCAGUCCCCGCUACGAGUCGUAUUCGUAGUUUAAUUAAUUAAUAUUUACCACAUCCUCCGCAAAAGGGUUAAUCGUAUCUUUUUUGUAUCUCACACGAUUAUCGAACAUAUCGUCGAAACAAUAUCGUACAACGUUCUACGAUUCGAAUUCUAAAUUGCUGUCUUCAGCUCUACGAAAAAAAAGGAAACAUAUCUAUUUUACAAUGCGGACAAGUCGAAGAACGAUAAACCAAAGAAUCGAUGGAACAUUGCGCGAAGCUUGGAGCAACGAAAUACCGAAUAGGAAGCAAAGUGUAACGUAAUAUCGAUUUCUUUUUAUUGCGAAUAAGAAAACGUAUAACGUAAUACCUUUACUAAAGAAAUCAAUUAUAGUUCACAAAGAUAUUACUCGAUACCGCGUGUGGUCAGUGACGAACAACGAUGUACGGUUGUAAGUACGAUUAAAGAAAUUGUGUAAUGGAUAAUGUAUAGAGUUUGUACACGAGCGAUAGCCAUUUCUUUAUUUCAAACUUCAAAGUACGUGCAAAUAUUAUUUGGCGAAAUGUUACGUGUCGUUCGAAAGAGAAUUUACAAAUUGGUACAUGAUUAAAAAAGUGGCAAUCUCGACGUCAAAGGCAUCGCUCACUCUGUUUGAAUUCGAUGGAAAACGAUUGAAUCAGUUUAUUCGCGAACAUCAGAGCGAAGCGUGUAUUUCAAGUCGAAAUUGCCAUUUUGGUCAAUUUCGAGCCGUCCUUUCAGGCAUAGCACCUCUGUAAACAUCGCGGAUUAUCGUUCCGUUAUGCUCAAUGUCUUACUUUCGAUAUUACUGACUAACGAAAGAAAAGAAACGUAUGAUACACUCAUCAUAUGACACUUCGUUCGAAACGACCUGCUGAACACAUGUUGGCCAAGUUUAUCGGAUACCUCAGUAUUGGGCAAAAUGACAAGAAACUUAUCAAACACGUUUGUUUCGUUUCCUCUUUCGGACAUUUUUCCGAAGAAGGACACGAGACAAAGUUCUGGAUACACCCGUUUUUGUCCAACGCUGCUCACCCUGUACGUUACAACACGCAUACACGUUGAUCCUCUCUAACGUACCCGUGCGUAUCGUAAAACGUCGCAGGCGUCGUAAAAAUUUAAGAUGCUGCGUAGCCUAAGGCAGACGCUAACGCGAAAUAUAAGAAACGAAUCGAAUUAAACUAAAGGUUAUAAUAUUCUAUUACUAUGCAUCUCGACGUUUGUUUACCUAAUACAAUAAUUAGUAUACCGUUUAUGAAUCUGCGAUUUAAGGCUGCAACGCUUCGAUCGCCGCAGUCAACGCGGUGAAAGUUAAAACGCGAAGAGGCUAUCGAAACCAAUAAUGAAAAAAAAAAGAAAAAAAAAAAAAGAAAUAAUUUGACUCGAUGAAAACUAAGAUUUACGAAAGAUUUUAGGUAAGAGAACGUCUUUUCGAAGAAGAGCACUUCUAGGUGCUGUCAUGUCUUCCAUUAUUUGUAUAUCGAUAAUAAAAGUCGAUUGUAAACGUAAAACACGCACCAGUAUGCGCACACGUGUAUGCAUACGCAUACGCGUAUAGGUGUACACGUACCAAGUAUGUUCCUUAGGUACGUGUACGCGUAUAUGACUGUUAGGUUAUUAAACACUUAAAAUUAUGUAACUGAAAUACGGCAUAAUAUUAUAUAAUAAAAUCUAAAUGCAACAAUAUAA